GGUUAUCUGCUCAUAUCCAUGCCACGGAUGCACAGGAGGGUUAUUCCCAAGGGGAACCAAGCGAUGGAAGGAUGCUGUCGAAAAUUCCACUUGAAUGAGCGGAGACCGACGAAGUCCCUAUGGAGGACCAUCAAAGGGACCUGCUACAAUUUCUAUCUCUCGAGUAGUCUCCCUGGACUCGCCAAUGCCAGGCAGCACACAAAUCCUAUGAUCCAAAGGAUUUGGAUAGCGGUGUUCCUUGCCGGGACGGCUGUGACGUUGUACUCAGUGUCCCAAGUAGUGGCGGAUUACCUUUCCUACCCUGUCAUCACAUACGUAUCAAUGAGCCACGCACGAAAAAUGACCUUCCCGGCCGUCACUCUCUGCAAUUCCAAUCCCAUCGUUUGCUUCAAAUUGGGCCAGCUUCGAGAUUUGCUUCCCGAGUUAUGGGACAUAUCCGGGUGCAAGAUAAGUUCUUUUUCGCUCACCCCAGUCUCUUGGCUACAGUCGUCGGACUUGAAUCAAGAAGAACUGAAGAAUGGACUCGAUAGGUAUUUGCAAGAGGUAGUGAACACGACAGAGCUCGCACUGACUGUAGUGGAUCAAGGCAACGCAUAUACGAAGAAUUUGUCCCUCCUGAGCUUGAUGGCUGGAAAAAAUAAGCAGUCUCGAUUGGAUUCACUUCUCAAGUGUCUAUUGUAUGUGGCUCCGGUGGAGUUCAAAGCUAGGAACGGCAGCAAGGCGCUUGAUGUCCUCAUAUCCUACGUGAUUGGUCAAGGAAAUCUCACAUUCACCAAGACACUGAGCAGCAUUGAUCUUCUAUCAACCACAACACAGAAUUCCGGCAGCAUUCGAAAUUACGUGAAGCUGCUGGAAACCUUUUCCAAAGUGAAUUUGGAACUGAAGCGAAAAAUAGUGAAUUCCAUGGAAUCGUUCAUCUGGAAAUGCACCUUUCAAGGCGCCGACUGCCUCCACAAAGACAAUUUCCAGCAAGUAAUCAUCCCACAAUAUGGGACUUGCUUCAUGUUCAAUACAGCCUGGAACCCAAACGAUUCAAGAGGAGGAAAGAGGAUCACGGGCAAAACUGGAGAAGAAACAGGUUUGUCGCUGGAAUUAUAUCUAAAUAAGGUAAACUACGUCAGGAAUCCAACAGCGUCGAGUGUUGGAGCUCGAGUCACCAUUCAUUCCCCGAAUGAAUGGCCGAAUCCCAUAGAACAGGGAUACAUGGUUCAACCCAACACUCGCAAUGUCUUCGCCUUGCAAGUAGUGAACAUGUCCAGGCUGGGGAGUCCCUACAGCACAGAUUGUUUCUCGGAUUGGAAAAAAACGGAAUAUAAACCCUAUUCUAAGGAUAAUCCAAAUGCCAGCCUCGCCUAUAGUCAAGUCCAAUGCGUGAGACUGAGAGAGAAGGCCGAGAUAGCAAAGAAAUGCAGAUGUCUCUACCCUGAAAUCCAGGACAAAUUUCUGCACAAUGGGGUGUCUUAUGAGGGAUAUCCUACAUGCAACAUCAGCAUCGGAUCGGAAGACCAGAGGUGCAUCGUGAAUGAAGAAACACUCCUCCAAACAUUGUCCCCCAUCUGCAAUCCGUCUUGUCGGGAGAUAGCAUACGACAUUGCACUGUCCACAUCGUUUUGGCCAGCGGAGACAUACUUCGACAAGUUGCUAUCGCGCGCGCUUGUCAAUCUGGGAUACGAGGAUGCCUACGACAGAUUUCGUGACAAACCAGACGAGUACCAGAAUUUAUUGGAACAACUACAGAAAGGCAUGGUGAAAGUGGAAAUCAUUUUCCGGUCACUCAAUCUGCAUGUCAUCGAGGAACAGCCGAAAUACGACUUGAACGGGAUGGUAAGUAACCUAGGAGGAGUAUUAGGGAUAUAUUUGGGAAUAUGCGCUGUGAUGCUCAUCGAGAUCGCGGAAUUCCUCAUCCUCCUUCACUUCAACAUCAUCCGGCAUUUCUUCGGGACGGUUUCGGACGGAGAUGAACCACCCAGGAACGCGGAAGGCGCAACACCUUCGGGCCGGGUUCCGAUUUCUACAACGUGGCCUCGCUCUACCCUAACGAACCCCACUCGCCCGUGAACCGCUCCUCAGAGCGACGUAUUGACGAUUGAGAAUGGUGAAUUGCAGUGCGUGAAUGUAAAAAUAAGAGCAUGAAGUUGGCACAUACCCAAAUAUGCACAGAGACGCUAAAAGGCAAUGAAAAGGCAAAUCUAGGUUUUGUAACAUAUGUUGGCGAGCUUUCGUAGAUGACCCCAUGUUCUCAAACUAUUUAUUGCCUUUUUCUUCUUUUGGUGACUCGCAAGAGUUAGCGGAAUCUCAUUCCAAGGACGGAAACCGGAUGACGACUGCCAUCUUCCCUUUUUUUUCGUUUUUCAGGUUGAGUAGGAUUCUAAUAUGAUGACUUGAUUGACUUCACACGAUAGAAGCGACACUAUGCUGAAUGCAGGUGGAACUGGAGUGGCCUCUCUAGGCUAAACUCAAAGAAUUUCACACCCAUAUUACUGCUGUUCCUUAUCCUUUAUUGGCGUUAUGAACAUCUUCCCCCAUGUACGCUCAAUGGUAAAAAACAAUAAUUUUUUUUUUUCACAGUGAAUAGAACGCACAUUAUGAC